CUGGCCGGAGCGCUCAAGGACCACGAACGCGCCUAUGUGAUCGGCCAGGAGAGCUACGGGAAGGGCUCGGUGCAGCAGGUCAUGCGCAUCGAGGACGAUCGCGCCGUCAAGGUCACCACCUCCCGCUACUUCACCCCGGAUGGCACCAAGAUCGACGGCGUCGGCGUCCUGCCCCACCGCAUCACCGAGCCGAAGCUGAGCGAAGACGAUCGGAAGGCGUUGGAGACGCUCGUAACGUCGGAGCUGCUGAUCCGGUUCGCGCUCGAACAUGCGGAGCCGACCGAAGCGGAGAUAGGCGAAUUGAUCGCUGAACUGAGGAGCAGCCACCCCUAUCUGCGCGGCACCGACGUCGUUCUGGAAGAGCAGAUGAUCCGCCGGCAGCUCGCCCGCAGCAUCGCGAGGAUCCACCGCAAGACACGCGAUCUACGAUCUGGUCAACGAUCCGUCGAUGAUCGAAGCGGUGCGGUUGCUGCGCACCGGCGAGGUCAGCGCAGACUCCUUUCCGGACGACGCCAAGUCCGAAGUUCCCGACAGCGCCGCCGCCGACUCCAGCCCGGGGGGUUGGUCGGGAUGACCGCGUCCGCCGGCGCCACGUCCGACCGCCACCGGUCUCUGCCCUGA